ACAUACACGUCAUUUCCGGAACACAAAUCCCUUAGUUUCCGGAUGCGCGCGAUUUUUUGAAAGCAACUCGCGGAUUAACGGACAACAGAAAGUGUGUUUAUACAUUAAGAUGAUGACCAUGGCUUCUAUCAAAGAUCCCCAUGUCGUCGACUCGUUCCGAGUGGCGAUGGAGGAGGUCUACAGCCGGCUCCUGGUCCAGACCUCCGGGGAGAUAAGCGAGGCUGCUGUGGAGUUGGGCCUGUCCCACAGACUGUCCAUGAAGUCUGCUGCGGAUACCUGCUCCAAGAAAUGUGAGGACGACAAGCUGUUUGAAACCAUUCAGACAAACAAACAGGACCUGGCUAAGAAGACCCUGCUCAUGAAGGAGAAGAGGGACGCCAUUUCACGAAGCCUGGUGGAGAUGGAGCAGAAACAGGGGCAGAAAGACGCCCUCCGGCUGCAGAUGGAGACGCUGAGAGAGGAGCAGGCGGAGAGGAGGGGCUUGGUCGUAUCUCAGAACAGAGCCAACAAGGACAGGCUGAAGAAUCUGUUGAAGGCCAAGCAGGUGUUUCAGGAACGGCUGGGCCUGGAGAUCAGAAGAAUCCACGGCCAAAAGCUGCAGUUUGUUUUCCAGAAUGUUAACCCUGCAAGUCCUGAAAACGUAUAUACCUUCACCAUGGGGAUUAAUGCAGACGGCUCCUAUCAGAUCAUGUCUAGCGACCCAGUGCUGGAGUCCCUGGGGGAUCUGGACAAGCGGCUCAAACAGACCAAUAACAUCUCCGCCUUCUUGGCCAACAUCAGGAAGGAGUUCGUUGCCCAGGCAUGCUUCUCGACCGGCUCCUAGACCGGCUUCUAGGCUUCGAGAUCGGAAAAAGACGAGUUGGUUCUAAGAUGUAAGUCUGGAACUAAACACGUUUAUGAUCCAGUGAGUCUGGCACCCAGACAGAAGACUUUCUUCAUCUUGUAAAUGGUGAUUUUUUAACUAGAAAACAUCUGAACCAUGGUGUGUGUAUUGUAUGUGUGCGUAUCCUGUUUAUUGUACUCUGCACCUUUCCUUGGAACCCAAUAUAUUUUUUUUUGUUAUUUUGUACAAUAUUUGUUUGUUCUUAUAAAGUUGCCUCCUUUUUGGAGCAAGACAAAUGA